AUGGAGGCUCCCUUCGAGCUGCCCAUACAGGGGCCGAUGGGAGGCUUGCCGAUCAUGAAUCCAGCAUCACAGCAGCAGCAAUCAGGCCAACAGCCCCCUCAGGCCCGAACAUCACCACAGCGUAUUCGGAGCCAGAAGGAUUCUUCAUCUUCUGUAGUACGAGAUCGCGAUGCGAGAUUAAGGAGGUCUCCCACAAUCACUGGGAAGGACGAGGAACGAAAUGCGGCACGAGUUGGGAAACCCAGAAUGCGGCUCUCGCCUAAUGCCUUGCCAAAGUCGUUGCUCCCUGUCACAGAGAGGAAAAUGCAAGAUGGGCCAAAGACCGACAAGCGAGUCAAGAAGGACACGGAGGGCGAGAAGUGGGACAUUGCGCCGGACGGUUCGUCAGCCGGGCGCGAAGGCAGGCAGUUUACGGUUGCGAAUGUUGGAAACAAUGGACGCAUCUACCUGCGACCCUCAGUUCGCCCAGCCAACCAACGAUACCCACAGCCGCAUUUUGUCUUUCCUAUGACACCACCCAGCACGGCGGGCCUGGAUAAGUUGACGACCGAGGAGACGAAGGCAGGCGAGGAGCUUGACAGGAAUCAGCUGCACAGCGGCCAGUGGACGCCAAGUCUGAUUCCAUCUACGCCGAACACAACGAGGAAGGCUUUCUUACCCGAGGGGAGGCAAGGCGGUCACCGCCGCGCCAUUUCAGAUUCUACCAUCCCCGACACCAGCGUUGCUCGAGAAUCAGACAUUGGUGGCUUCAAAAUAGUCAUCACACAGCCUGGAGACGAUCAACGACCCAAGACCGUCGAAGACAUCGACCCAACUAAUGGAUUGCUGCUCGAUGUUGCUAUUCCCUCAUGGAAGUUGGGCAAUCCGCGCUUUACUUUAAGGGGUACUCCUCUUAUUCGGGGAUCAUCAUACGCCCCGACGGAGGAGUUUCCCGCUAGUAAUCGUUCCAUUCUGGACCGGACGCCAAGGAACAUGACGCCCCGACCAGACUCGUCUCUUCCUCAACGGCCUUUCCAAGUCAAACUCCCUCCAGGUCGCUCAGGAGUGUCUUCUGGACCUGCCUCGCCACGGAUGCUGAUGCCUUUGCGCGCCACCUACCUCUCCACCCAUCUCGUCAUCGAGCCUGCAAUGUUCGAUCCUCUGACUUUCAAACCGGCAUGUGAUGAUCGGACCAUCGUGAGGUAUUCACCAAGUACAAACGCCGUCACUGCAGCGACUCCCCCACGACUCGUAGCGGAAAUCACAUCUCCGACAUUUCUGGACUACGAGCUCCUCUCCGACUUCUUCCUUACCUAUCGUUCAUUUUUGGAACCGUCAGAUCUACUGCGCAUGCUGGUCGCCAGACUUCGGUGGGCCUUGGCACGAGACGACGAGAUCGGCAUGGUUGUUCGGGUUCGCACAUUCGUUGCGCUCCGUCACUGGAUCCUGAACUACUUCAUGGACGAUUACGUGAUCGACUACAGCCUCCGGGUCACCUUCUGCAAUCUCCUCAAUGAUUUUGUCGAAGAGUUAUCGCAGGAUCCGCGCGGCCUCAAAGUCCAGCUCAAGAUUCUUUCCGAGUUGAAAAAGUGCUGGCGCAGGGUCUGCGCACAGUACUGGGACGGUCCUGAGUUCGACACCGCAUUGGAUCCCAACGGCCCUAUUGCCCCCGGAGGCAUUGCCGGUCACCGCAAUGCCAGUCUGGAUCCUAGCUUCUGGGAGCAGGAAGACGAUGAGGCUCCUCCACGACUAGAUGAGAUUGUCGCACAGAUCAAAAAUAGCCAGGGGCACACGAGUUUCUACGCCGAUGUCUCAAGAGCUGGCCAUCUCGAUUCAGUUGUCCAUGACGAUCGACCAGGCACCCCUGAAGACAGAAUCACGGCUGGCGAUUCCUACGAUAGACAUCAAGCCUCGCCUACGAGCAUCACCAGUGUCGACGUGAUUUCUUGCUCCUUCCCGUCCAAGGUCAAGCCCGGCACGCAACAUACAGACCCUUCUCCCCUAGCAGCCCAUCCGGUAGACCCCCUGUCCCUCUCGAACGCCAUGGGCCCAAUAGCCACAACACCACGAGCUCUUACUGGGAAACGAGUUCGGCCCACUCAACACAAGCGCAAUGUUAGUCUGACUGACUCUCUGAGAGAUCAUCCCAUCAUGUCAGACCGGCAUUUCUUCAAAGAUACGGACCUCAUUAUGAGCAUACCAUAUGCAGGCAGCCUGGUUCGAGGCGCUAUGUUACCACCUGGCCAACCUUUCGUGGAAGUCAUCCCGCCCAGCUCAGCAGGAGGACAGAGCCGACAGACAACCCUAUUUCAACCUCAUCCUCUCGAAGCAGAAAAGGAGAAAACCUCUGCAUCUGCUGUGUCGAGCCAGGGAAUGAGGAAGCUUUUGGGUAGUGUACGGCGCGCGCUGAGCACCAAAAUCCCGGGCGCACCCGCAACCCAAGGGAGUCUGUUAAGUAUUAGACCCAUCAGCCCGCGUGGCGCCACGAAUAGACUACCUGGCACGGCAGUCGUGCCACAGGCGACACUGCGUGUGAACGGGGCCCGUCCGCCGGUAAGGAUCGAUCUUCUUGGAGCCGAGGUCGCAGAAGAUUUCAAAAAAGCAGUGCGAGAAGACGCAGCAGCUGAGGCUGCCAAGAUCGAAUACGACUUGCCCAGUCCGAUUUCUGUACGCAUCCCGGAUGAGAAGCUGGAAUACUCGGCAGCGCAUUUGGAUUCUGCCUUCGAUGUCCUCGGACAGAUGGAAGACCGUCCAUUCAGCGACAUGGGUAUCACAACUGGCAGCAAGUCUAUUGUCAUCGUGGACGACACAUUACAAUUGGAGGCGCCCUCAAUGGCAGGGGCUCUUCCUGCCGUCAACUCUUCGGUCGAAGCCUUCGCUGAAACCUUCAUGCCGGAUCGCGGGGAUCUAACACCGCCCAACACACCACCUGAUCGAGCUAUGGGCGGGACGCCUCGAAGAUCUUCAUACAUCUUGAGCCAGCAUGUUUUACGGCCGUCCACAGCAGCCGACUCACUUCCCCCAAUCACCCCUGAGAUGACUGCGCUCGCGCGUGAGGCCGAAGGUCGUCCCUCUGUGGAUACGAUGCAUCUAUCCCACGACUUUGCUCGUCCCUCCAUCGACUAUGUUCGGCAAUCAUCAGAUCGCCCUCCUUUGAGUGCCUUCCGUAUGCACACAAGACAGCACUCCAGCCGUUCUUACAUAUCGAACAAGUCGUUCGGCAGGCGACGGUUUGCAUCACUGACGAGCGGCGGAGUGCCACCGACGAUCCGAAGCUUUGAUGCCACCACCUAUUCGGAAGGUUCUGUGGAUGCGUUGGGAGAGGUGCCCAUGCCCCAGCCGCUUCGUGUCCUGAGGCGCAGGCCCGGCGGCGAUCUCAGAGCGGUAGAACAUGUUGGACAGUUGGAUCAUGCCCCGCUGCGUAGGUCGCGGUCGGUCGGAUCGUUGACAACCUAUACCGACUCCAUCCAAAGCUCUUUCAUGCGAAGUCCAGUGCAGGACUCAAGCGGUUUUGUCGACGUGGUCUCCAGCAAUUAUUCGCGCGAUAGGGACGAGACGUUUUCCCUCGGAGCCAUUGCCGAACAAAAGCCCAAGCGUCAAUUAUCCUUGUUCAGCACUCAUUCUUCCAAACCCGUAAUGCGCCCAUCAUUUGAGGCGGAGGCUCAAAAGCUUGCUCAGAUUCCAGACGACGUGGAUGACGAUGGUGGCGUCGAAUCAGCACUGUUGAAGCUGGAGGGCAAGUUUGAAAAGAAGUCACCACGGCCGUCUCUGGUCCCGUCGCAGACCACCCAGGACCCAACCGAGGUGAUAGCCAAGCGCCAGUCUAGCAGCGAUGCGACGGCCAACACAGAAGAGAAGCGGGAACACCGCCAUCAACAUGUCGGCGAGGGCGCUGUGCUGGCCCAAGAGGAUGAUGUACACGACAAUGAGCAAAAGCCCACAAGUAAUGCUCAUCAAACAAGCCUGCUGAGUGUGCCACAAUCAAGCACGCGACUACAUGAAGAGGCACAGUCGUUCUUUGCUGGUUCGAACGAGUCGUACUCCUCGAUCCCUCUUCUCGAGCGUGGCCUGACAGAUGAUGGGCGCAGUAAAGCGGAGACGCGCGAAUGGACAAACCACUCCAUCUUGGAUGAUGCGCCCACACCAUCGGCACUAUCGGAACGAGAUGAUCAAAACUCGAAGCCUACCUCUUUUGAGUUUGCGAGGCCGACACACAAUGGUGGACAUGCCGAUCAGGACGAGGGAAUGCCCCAAAGCCCCGGAGAAGGAACCGUGUCGUUCCUCGAUGACGAAAGUAAUGGAGGGAGUGAUCUGUCAUCAGAGUUUUCGGCUGAUCUGAGUGACGAAGACGAAGACCCCCUUGAAUAUCGCGGGGGCAGGCUCACGAGAUCCAACACCGUUGCUUCAAGACUUCCCGCACAUCCCUUGGGCGACCCGGACGAGCCGCCGUCGCUUCCCCAGUCGGCCCUGCCGCCGCCACCUCUGGGCCCGCCGCCCUCGCCUCCCUCGACAGUGCACCAAGCAGCAAGGAGAAACCUCUCUGAGACGGAAAAUAUACCUCAGCUGCACGAUCACCAGCUGUGGGAGGAGAAGCCCCUUCCCCCGACGCCUGACACGGCUCCGACCACCGUCAGCCACUCGCCUUCUUUGGGAUCACCAGAUCCCACCGGGAGGAAGGAGGCUCUUCGCAACGCACCAAGGAUGCUUGAGUCUGGAGUCGCACGCAAGUACUCUGUCCAUCUUCCCUUCAUCCUUGCCUUCGAUUCGGAAAUCCUUGCUCAGCAGUUCACCCUCAUCGAGAAGGAUGCUCUGAAUGAGAUUGACUGGAAAGACCUCAUCGAGAUGCAAUGGAAGAACGCCGAGAACAGCGACGUGCGCUCCUGGGUCGACUUCCUGCGGAACACAGACGCCCACGGAGUGGAAGUCGUGAUUGCUCGUUUCAACAUCAUGGUCAAAUGGGCUGUAUCGGAAGUCAUCCUCACGCAGGACAUCGAGGAGAGAGCUCGUUGCAUCAUCAAAUGCAUACACAUCGCGUCUCACUGCCGAAGAUAUAGAAACUUCGCCACCAUGAGCCAGCUGACCAUCGCGCUUACAAGCAAGGAAGUCAGUAGGCUGACAAAGACUUGGGCGAUGGUUCCCGCUCACGACUUGCAAACUCUUCGCGACCUCGAGAUGCUUGUCACGCCAACACGAAACUUCUAUAAUCUCCGGGCCGAGAUGGAAGCUGUGGGCAUCGAGAGCUGCGACACUGGGUGCAUUCCAUUUGUUGGUGUCUACACUCACGAUCUACUCUUCAACGCGCAGCGGCCGUCAGAGAUCGCAAGCUCUCCCACCACCGCACCGCUGGUCAACUUUGAGCGGUGUCGAAUCGCGGCUUCUAUCGUCAAGACGCUAUUGCGUCUGCUAGAAGCAAGCACGCUGUAUGAUUUCCAGCCUAUCGAGGGGAUCACAGAGCGUUGCCUUUGGAUGAGCGCCCUGUCCGACGAGGAAAUUAGGCGUUACUCUCAAGCCUUGCAGUGA